AGGCGAUUUUUGUUUGCAAAGAUGAUGGUGCUACAGCAACAACAACAAAGACUCUGGGAAACGGGGAAUAAUUCAAUAGCCGCUUCGGCAGCGGCUGCGGUGCAAGUGCACUCAACAAAAGCCGCCAGUAAACCGCCUACGAAUCUACUGGACAGCAAGGAUGCGUGUGUGAAGCGGGAACGAGAGGAGCCCAAGGAUUCAGCACAUUUUUUGCGACGCAUGUCAAACUCACCGACCCCGCCGUCACCUCUGCGAUCUUUAUCAGACUGCGACAAGAGCUACGAGGAGGAGGAGGAGGACGAGACCUGUGAGGCGCCUCAAAAUCUAAGCAACAAGCGCAGUGCGCGUGAGCUCAGUCCGGACCUGAAGGACGAGGUGUUAAACCUGGCGCGCAGCACACCAAAGCGUGCGGCAUCAGAAGUCGACGAGCCAGUAGAGGAUCAGCAGCAGCCUAAUUCGAUGUGCUUCAGGCCGGAGGACAUGCAUCAGGCUUUGCAGCUUCAAUUGCAGAGCUACAUCGAAAUGGUGCGGCAAAUGGUGCCCGAUUCCUUCCAAAAUCCAAAUAUGGCCACCCAGUUUCUGCUCCAGAACUCCCUGCAAGCGCUGGCGCAGUUCCAGGCACUCCAACAAAUGAAGGCACAACAACAGCAGGAGCAACAGGAAAUGAGCACAGGCACAGACUACUCGAGGCCUCCGGCCAAAUCCCCUCUACGCAGUCCCUCUCUAAGUCCAGUUGGUCGCCAUGGCAAGCAGCAGAAGACGCCUCCCAACUCUUCCAUUCCCGGUCCGGGCAUGAGCAGCGCCGUUCUGACGCCUAACACGCCUAGCAUGCUGCCUUCGCAUUGUUAUGGAGUAACAACGAGCACUCCACAGAACUCCAAACAGCACCACGGAGCCGCCACCGUAGCCGCUGCCAUGUCCAACGCAGCACGUACGCUCGAUCAGUCGCCCGAAGAAACUACCGAUCUGGAGGAGCUGGAACAGUUUGCCAAAACGUUCAAGCAGCGCCGCAUUAAGCUGGGCUUUACCCAGGGCGACGUAGGGCUGGCCAUGGGCAAGCUCUAUGGCAACGACUUCUCCCAGACAACCAUCUCGCGCUUCGAGGCCCUAAAUCUUAGUUUCAAGAACAUGUGCAAGCUGAAACCAUUGCUGCAGAAAUGGCUUGAAGAUGCAGACACAAGUGUGGCCAAGUCGGGCGGCGUGUUCAACAUCAACACCAUGACCAGUAGUUUGGCGACACCAGAGAGCAUACUAGGGCGUCGGCGGAAGAAGCGCACGUCCAUCGAAACCACCGUGCGGACCACGCUAGAAAAGGCGUUUCUGCUUAACUGCAAGCCCACCUCGGACGAGAUAAAUCAGCUCUCCGAGCAGCUGCACAUGGACAAGGAGGUGGUGCGCGUGUGGUUCUGCAAUCGACGUCAGAAAGAGAAGCGCAUCAAUCCUUCGCUGGAUCUGGACAGUCCAACAGGCACGCCGCUAAGCAGUCAUGCCUUUGGAUACCCACCGCAAGCUCUCAACAUGAACAUGUCCAAUGGCAACGCUAGUGGCAAUGCCCUCCUGGAAGCCGUCUCCCUCUGCGGAAGUUCGAUCAGCUCGCUGUCUCCUCAUUAUGCCAUCAAGGGCGAAUGAUGUUGGUACUACAGCGAAGCGGCGACUGGCCCUCAGAGUAGUUUCUAAUGGCGCACAGUUUGUGUACAUAUAACUAGCUCGUCCCCUAGAGUAGGCGCUCCGAAUCUUCCCAAGCAUUCCAUUCUCCAUAUCAGUCGUGGGGUCAUCCUGAUGCCCCAAUGGUAGCCACAACUUAGGUGAUAGCCAGCCGUAUCAGAAAUCUAUAACGAAUUUAUAUUAACACGUGUAAACUGUGCAUACCAGAGCACUCUGGCGGUAUGCAUCUACUCGUAUAUUGGAACAGUGCAUCCAGCUACUGCAACAACAUAGAGUUCCUAGGUUCCUAGACGUACGAAUUUUUCAAUUUUGCCCAAGUAUUUAUCUUAGCUGUUUUGUGUUUCUCCAUUAUU